GAAGGAAAGUUCUCCUCUUUUGUUUACUUUUCUCUCAUAUUAAGAGCCUACUGCUUGGGAGACUCAUUUAGAAGAGCUGUCUCCGCUUCUCCUUGAAUUCUUUCUUAGCCUUCUUAUCUGUCUGUGAGAGUGUGUUGUGGUUACUCAAGGCUCAGUGCCUUAGUGCCUGUGCCCAUUUCUUCAGGGGAGCCUCGUGAAAACCAGGAACUUCUCCAGCAUCAGAGGUCCUGCAAUCCAACUGUAAAAAGAAAAGAGUCCAAAAAGCCUCUUCAUCUCCUUCCAGCCAUGUGUUCCUCCAUCAAAAGAGUUUGAACUACUGAGUUGGCACCUUGGCUUGAUCGCAGGUGGCCUUUGCUUUUGCUCCCGCUGCCAUGAGGUUUGCCAGAAGCGGUUGGCAAUUGGCACUGCUGCUGGCGUCCGUUGGCCUGGUGAGUUCCGGAAACGGGAACGGUCAAGGGAGACGCGGGGGAGGCGAGAGGCGGAGGAAGCUUCACCGCGUGCAGCACGGCCAGUGCAGCUACACCUUCAUCCUGCCGGAGAUGGAGAGCUGUCAGGGUGGAGCGGACCAGAUGAGCGGGACCAACGUGGUUCAGCGGGACUCCCCACCGGCCGAUGCCGAGUGGUCCAAUCAGAAGCUGCAGCAUCUGGAGUCGGCCAUGGAAAACAACACGCAGUGGCUGCAGAAGUUAGAAAACUACAUCCAUCAGAAGACCGGGAUGGUGCAUUUUCAAGCUGAUGCAGUCCAUAACCAGACGGCCACUAUGCUAGAGAUCGGCACCAACCUGCUCACCCAAACCGCAGAGCAAACCAGGAAACUCAAUGUGGUUGAAGCCAAGGUUAUGAACCAGACAUCAAGAAUUGCAGUUCAGUUAUUAGAGAAUUCAUUGUCAACAAACAAACUGGAGAAGGAACUCUUAACACAGAUUUCAGAAAUCUCCAAACUUCAAGACAAGAACAGUCAUUUGGAGAGUAAAGUCUUAGUCCUGGAGUCGAAGCAGAGGACAGAGCUGGAGGACAUGAGGGAUGAGAAGGAGCGGCUGCAGGACCUGGUGAAGAGACAGACAGCUGCCAUUAUGGCUCUGGAGAGACAGCUGAGAGCGGCCAGCAGCAACAACUCAGCCUUGCAGAGACAACAUCAGCAGCUCAUGAAGUCUGUACACACACUUAUUGGCAUGGUGUCUUCUGGGACAGGUUUCUCAUCAAAUGAGCAGCACUUCAGAGACUGUGCCGAGGCCUAUAAAUCUGGUCACAACACCAGCGGAGUCUACCACAUUUACAUCAGAGACAUGACCGAGCCAACCAAGGUCUUUUGUGAUAUGGUGACAAGCGGAGGUGGCUGGACGGUAUUCCAGCGCAGAGCCAAUGGAAAUGUAAACUUCCAGAAAGGGUGGAAAGACUACAAACUGGGAUUUGGUGAUCUUAGUGAAGAGCACUGGCUGGGUAAUGAGGCUGUUCACCUGAUCACCAGUCAAGCCCAGUACUCCCUCCGAGUGGAACUUAAGGAUUGGGAGGAGAAUGGCGCCUAUGCUCUGUAUGACAAAUUCCAGCUCGCCGGUGAAAAACAACAGUACAGACUCUUGCUAGGGAGCUAUAGCGGAACAGCAGGACAGCAAAGUAGCUUAGCAUCAAACGGCACAGGCUUCAGCACUCGCGACGCUGACAACGACAAGUGUGUUUGCAAGUGCGCCCUCAUGAUGACUGGAGGCUGGUGGUUUGAUGCUUGCGGUCUGUCCAACCUCAAUGGAAUCUACUACACCGUGGGUCACAAUAUCCGCAAGCUCAAUGGCAUUAAGUGGCAUCACUUCAACAUUUAA